AGAGUGUCAGCUGACCCGACGGGAAAUUUGUUAACGAAAGUAUCUGGCAUAGCUAUGUCCCCUGUUGGAGACCAGUGUGUCGGUCGAUUACUAUGUGUAUGACAACACACGUGCUUGAAUUACAUUAUUGAAUAAUAUAUUUUACAGCAGUUAUAUCCUUAAUUCCGAGUCUUCUGAAAAGGCUCUGACACCAUGCUAGCCACAGUGACUACUGUGGUUAGUUUUUCUCAGGAUAAUGGCAGUGUUUCACCUACGCCACUGGGAAACACAACAGCAUUCUCGACCUGGCAACCUGAUACCCAAAACAACAUCACCAAGCCUCACAAAUGCCUACAAGUUCUGUAUGAGGACAUUGGAGAAUCCAGGGUGCGGUUCUGGGACAUUUUAUUGCUCGUGCCUAAUGUGGCCUUCUUUGUAUUCCUGAUGUGGAAGCUGCCCUCUGCCAGGGCAAAGAUCCGCCUCACCUCUAGCCCCAUCUUCGUCACUUUUUACUUUCUGGUUUUUGUUGUUGCAGCAGUUGGAAUUACCCGGGCUAUAGUGUCCAUGACUGUCAGUGCAUCCAGUGCUGCCACCAUUGUAGACAAAGUGCUCUGGGAAAUCACUCGUUUUUUCUUGCUGGCUAUUGAGCUCAGCGUCAUCAUCUUGGGACUGGCUUUUGGCCACCUGGAGAGCAAAUCCAGCAUAAAGCGUGUGCUGGCUAUUACUGCUGUGUUGGCUCUGGCGUACUCAGUCACACAGGGCACGCUAGAGAUACUGUAUCCUGACAGUCAUCUGUCAGCGGAGGACUUCAACAUCUAUGGUCACGGGGGCCGGCACUUCUGGCUGGCAAGCUCCUGCUUUUUCUUUCUGGUGUACUCUUUGAUUGUGAUCUUACCAAAAACUCCAAUAAGAGAAAGGAUAUCUCUGCCAUCUAAGAGGAGUUUCUACGUCUAUGCUGCCAUCCUGUCAUUGCUGAACCUCGUUCAGGGCCUCGGCAGUGCUCUGUUGUGUGCUGAAGUCAUAGAGGGACUAUGCUGUGUGGAUGUCACAACGUUCCUGUACUUCUCUGCCUUCGCUCCGCUCAUUUAUGUCACAUUCCUCAAAGGCUUCUUUGGUUCAGAGCCCAAGAUCCUAUUCUCCUACAAGUCGCAGGUAGAUGAGCCAGAUGAAAGUGAUGUCCACCUUCCUCCAACCGUCGCUGCAAACCUUGGUCGUAAGGAGAUGAAUGACCAGGGCCUGUACUAUUCCUCCACCCAGAUUGAUGGCUCUGGUCCGAGCAGUACUCGCAUGGUUGGAGCAUACCUGGAUGAUGUUGCCUCCGGACCCUAUGGGUCCAGCAGUGUUAACAGCAUUGAAGCUGACCGCUGGAGACCUGUAAUUGUGUGAAGGGGUCAAGAGUUGUACAGCUGGACUAAAAUUGUUGUGCAUGUGUAGUGUUGUCAGCAAUAUGGGGAUCAGUGAAGUUGGUGCAGAACAAAACAGUUGGACACCAAGGAGGGUGAUAGUGGUCUUUUUUUGGAGGCCUGAAAGAGUGGGCGCUUAAAACAAACAAACAAACAAAGAAAAAAAAAACUUAUUUCUGAAGGACUGUGAAUUUAGCAACUGCUUUUGUAACAUUGUCCAGAGUGCAUUGCUGCUGCUGCUGCUGCUGCUGCUGCUCCUGCUCCUGCUCCAGCUCCAAACUGGGAGCGCUGCCCCUCAUUGUGGCCCCAACAGGCUUGAUAAUGAUUCUGCUCUGCAAGCUCUUAUUUCUGGGAGUUUAUUGACUCGUCUCACCACAUUUUCUGUCAUUCCAGCACUAAUGCAACAAUGAAUAUCUCAGUUCUCACCGAUGAUGUUUUAAACCUAUUUUAAUUACAAAGGUUUAUAAAACUGAUCAAACAUUCUUGUGAUGGAAACCUUACAUCUGUACAUUCCCACUGAAGACUUUCAGUAACAGCAUCUCAUCUGACUUAAGAUUUGUGACCAAUCAGGCUAAUCAGUUUGCACUGGUCACAUUGCUUAUUGGAAGCACUUCAAAGACUUGUGCUAAUUCAUUUGGUAUGUGUUGACAAGUAAAACAGUGUUGUUGUGUUGUAUGUCACUUCAUUAUAAUAGGGAGCUGCUGAAUACAGGCAACGCAUUGGUGUUAAAGGGCAGAAUGUCACAGACACAAAGGACAAUUCCUAACAAUUGAAGCCAGGGCCCGUAUCCCUAAAGAUUCUGAGAAUCCUCUCAGAGAGCUCCUAACUUAACCUAAAAAUUCCUUGCCAGGAGUUUUAGCUUAGAAGUGAUUCCAGAACAUUUUCAGUGAACUCUGAGCAAGGAAUGGAUGGAAAAUCCUAUCUUAGUGAGGAGGUGUGGUUGACCCCGUUGCUAGGUAUGAGUCAUCAUUUCAAAAGCCGUGAUUGGUUGAUCCUACAAGUUUGAUGGAAAUGAGCUUUUGGUGAUAAUGAGCAAAGGAUGUACCCUCAAAUCAAUAAACAUAUUAUAUACUCUAAUCUUAUGCUGACUGUAAUUGUAAAUAAUAUUUCACAUUCAAGAAAAUAUCUGGAAAAUGAAUAGUAAGCUGUAGGGGUUAUAGCCUAACAUUAGAAUCUAAAAUAUGUGAAAAACUCAUUACACCCUGUUCAAAUAAUGAUUCGUGUCUUAUUUGCUCAUAUUAAUAUCCUAGCUGGCAUAUUUUGUACUUUCACUCCCAUAUGGACCCCGUUGAAAACAAGAUGGCCUAUCUCAAGAGGCUGUCCUUAAUGAAGUAGAAAUCACAACGUUACAAGUCCAGUGUGGUCUUAACGAGGGUAACACGGCUCAGCUUUUAGCAAUGUCUGUGAUUGCAGACCCAAGUCAUCACUGCUGCAUUGUUGCAUUUUCCCGGUUGCCAAAUACCUCGGGGUUGUGAUUACUUUCGUCUCCGGUGUAAUAGCGUUGUGGCGUCGAGUUGGUGAAGUAAUUGCAUCUCUAAGGAGAUCCACCACAAACAUGAUUCCUGCACGAUCCACUCUGUAGCAUCUCAAUAAUUCCCUGUCAUCCAGUGUUUGCAGGACAUCUCUCCUGCCUCUUCUGUUGGCCAUUUUGUGCAGCUGCUUAGGGGAACUCCUAAGCCACUAAAAGUCCUCUUCCCUGCUCUUAGCAGAUCUCGCCUUAGGAGCCCUUUUAAGCGCUAGGAAUCUUGAGGAAUAGCUUUUAUAUUAACUGGGAUUGUCGUGUCACUUUUAGGGGAAAUUCUAAGAAAACGUCAUGACUCUGAGAAUUUUCUUAGAAUUUGGCCGCUAGGAGCCACUUUUUGCACAAAGAUUCUUUAGGGAUACGGGCCCAGAUCUUGUGGAUGACAUCUUUUCAUUUUUGUUUGGUUUUUUUGUGUGCUUUUUACUUUAAUUCCAGAUUAAUCAAUGCUGCCAGUGAAAUGACAUUUGUUGGCAAGUUAUGUGUUUGAGAUAAAAGACAAAAUUUGCACAAACUUAUUUGUGUAUUCCACGUCAAUCUUGUGAUUGAUACCAGUGGUUUUCCAGUUUUGCUUGCUGCCAAAGGUUGCUGUUGCAGAUUUGAUUUUUUCCCCUAUAUUCAGAGUUACAAAUGUUACCACAAGUGGUGAACGUACACCAAAAACAACUGUUUUCAUAGUAUCAAAUGGGGGUAUUGAUACAGUUUCAUUACAUAGUUUAAACUUUUGUCUUUUGACAAACAAGGUCAGGCACUUGCAUUGGAUCAUUGUAAUACAUUGACAAGGAUAAGUAUAUUGCAUACUGUUGCCAAGGAAAAUACAAUAUUUGGUAUGAGGUGAUUGCUGUAUUUAAGCUAGCAGUAUUCAUCAGCAUAGUGUUGUAACCAAUAUGCAAAAAGAAAGAAAGAAA